AAGAGUGGUUUUUAGUAAGGUUUUAGCUGCAGCUGAGGAAACAUGUCCUACGUGAGCACUCUGCGUCAGUGGGAUGAAGCUAUGGUUUGUGUUGAGACAAAAGACAUAGUCUCUGCUCUCAGGAUAUUGCUGGAAAUCGAGGAGAAGACAUCGAAAAUCAACUUUAACAUCGGAUGCCUUUAUUUAAACAAGAAUGAGCUGGAUGCUGCUGAGAAGGCAUUCGACGCGAGCAUCGGCAAAGACCAACAUCUGGCCGUUGCUUUUUUUCAGCGGGGGAUUACAUUUUUCAAAAAAGAAAGGUUUGAAGAGUCACUCAUGGAUUUCCAGCAAGCUUUUAAGGAACUCAGAGGGAAUCAACUGAUAGACUACAAACCUCUCGGACUGAUGUAUAAACUUUAUGCUUGUGAGGUGCUGCACAAUAUUGGACUUGUCUACGCACAGAUGGGGAAAUGGGAGAAUGCUCAGGAAAACCUGCUUUCUGCUCUUAAUCUCCGUACAGAAUCCAAAUUAAGCCACAUCGACAAGGCUCUGGAGUCUAUUCUGAAGCAGAAGCUCUUUCCCCUGGUGGUGAUUCGACCGGAGCUAAUGUUCAAACCCAAUAAGCACUAUGUGGCAGAGCUGGAGAAAAAGGACUACCUUGGAAAAGCCAAGGUUAUAUCCUCUGUGGUUGCUGCUGAUACUUUCUCUGGUUUUGCUCCUCUACAGCCUCAAGUUGAAAAUGUGCCGUCUACACCCAAGGCACCGGAAGUAAUGAGAGCUCUUGAAGGUGAACCACACACUGUUCUGUACGAGUUCAUUCCCGAGACCACAGAAGAACUGGCUGUUUUACCAGGCAACAUCGUCUUCGUGCUACAGAGAGGGACUGACAACUGGGCGUCUGUUAUUUUCAACGAAAGGAGAGGGUUGGUUCCAUAUAAUUUCCUGGAGCCUUUGGAUAUUACAGUGGCCACAAAAAUGGUGCAGGUUGCACCAUCCAGCAGCAAUGAAGACAUACCCGCCCCACCCAGAAGAGAGGCACCCAGUAAACCUUUGGGUAAAGCUGGUCAGAAGACCAUCACGACGGAGACUAAAGCUGCAGUUGAUUCCUCAAAAUGCAUUGUGAAAGUACACUUCCUGUUUACCAUAUCAGUCUGCAUUGCACCAGGACAGCCAUAUGAUACCGUCCUCAAGAUCAUCAGCACUAAACUCAAGCAGCCUGCUUCUACACUCACUCUGAGUUAUUUUAAGCCUGGAUCUACUGAGAAAGCAACAGUUAACGAGACGGAGAUGGAGGUGGUGUGGGGCUACAUGAGCAACAAUCGCCUCACAUUGUGGUGUUCAGCCACUAGGGAUAAUAGUGUAUCUCAGGAGAAAGUGGUGGCUCUCUACCCUUACAAGGCAUCCACACCUGAAGAUCUGGAAUUUGCUCAAGGUGACAUCAUCACUAUCCUGUCUAAAGUGAACGACGAGUGGCUUGAGGGCGAGUGCAACGGAAAGAGUGGCAUCUUCCCAUCAUCGUUUGUUGUAAAACAUGAAGAUUAAAUAGUAGAUGGACGCAGGUCUGACUAACAAAAUAACUAAAUCUCAACGCUAAAGAUUAUUGGAAUAUUUAAAGUGCCACUUAAAGACCCAGUUUAAUGCUAAAGCCCAGUUUUAGAAUGGGCCAGUGUCUGUCUACAUGCUUCAUUUUCUGAACAUAUUUAAGCUGUUGGAAAUGACCUGUUUACAAAGGUUUUGCCAUUCAUUUGCAAAUAAAUCACUUUUUAAAACCUUGCAUAA